GCAGUGUGUGGCGUGAGAAGCAUCAGGACGGCAGAAAAUGUCAAUGUCGUUAAAAGUCCUGCGAGAAAAGUGAAAAAUUUUGGUGCAUUUUAAAUUUUAUCCUACCUUUUAGUUUCGAACCCGGUACCCAACAAGUGUGUGAAUCCAACGAAACUAGAGAGCGGCUAGGAGGGCGCAUAAACUAGGCUGCAGCUGAGGCCUGGUAUUUUUGGCUACCAUUUAGUGCUGCGGGGACGACAAAUUAUAAAGUAGCACCCAAACUAUGUUCAAAAGUCGCAGCGAAGGAAAUGUGGUUUAUAAGUGCACGGUUCGAUUGUUGGAGGAUUUGGACGUUUUGGAAUGCGAAUUUCAGCCCCACCACAAGGGCAGCUUUUUGCUGGAAUAUAUUUGUGAACAGUUGGAGAUCACCGAGAAGGACUAUUUUGGGCUUCGAUUCGUAGACUCCGCAAAGCAACGGCACUGGCUGGACCUUGCGAAAAACAUUAUCAAACAAGUGAAAGAUGUCGAGCCCCUCAUAUUUUCCUUUCGCGUGAAAUUCUAUCCUGCUGAUCCAUGUCGGCUAACGGGAAAUGGUAAAGUGAUGCUGUUUCAACAACUGAAACGAGAUUUACGGCAUGGACGAUUGUACUGUUCGAUUGGAGAAGCUGCUGCGCUGGGAGCGCUUAUUGUGCAAGAUGAAAUGGGUGAUUACGACGCGGAAACUCACACCGGGGAGUACGUGGCGUCAUUGAAAAUAACCCUCCGGCAGACCGAACAGCUGGAGAAGAAGGCAAUGGAGUUACACAAGAAGCGUGACCCGGGACAGGAUACGGCGGGUGUUCAUGAUGAGUUCGUGGGUAUCGCACGCAGCCUGGAAACCUACGGAAUCGAUCCGCAUCCGGUGAAGGAUCAUCGGGGUACGCAGCUAUAUUUGGGGAUAAACUUUUCCGGUAUAAGUACAUUCGCUGCAGGACGACGAGCGCAGCAUUUUCGAUGGCCAGAGGUACACAAAAUCAAUUUUGAAGGGAAAAUGUUUAUCAUCCACCUCGCGUAUUCAGAUGAUCGACGGGAGGUGAAAAAACACACUGUAGGAUUCAAGUGUCCAUCUGGGUCAGCUUGUAGGUACGUCUGGAGAUGUGCUAUAGAACAAAUGCUUUUCUUUACUCUUCCAACAAGCCAGCAUGCAUCAGUAAUGUCCGGAGGAGGAUUCUUCUCGUGGGGUACCAAGUUUAAAUACUCUGGCCGAACGGAACGUGAAAUCCUAUCAGAAUCGUUGAAUGCACUCCGCCAACAGAAGCUAAAUAACACCAGCCCAAGCAAGAGGAAAGCACAAAGUGUGCCUGCCACCCCUUCGAGCCCACAAGGUGAUCUAGCAGAAAUUCGUAAGUCGCGAUACAGUAGCCUUCCACGAUCAACUAUGUCUGAACCGUUAGGUGGUUGUAACGACCACAUGGCACCAUCUGUCUACUGCACCGAUAACCCACUGCCAACGUUGGAGACUGUCUCAGAGGAAGCGCGCAAAACCAACGGUGAGAGCAAUGAUCACCUAUCGGAUUACUACUUCCGGGACUCAUUCGAUCAUUCGUCGUCUGAGUCUGGUUUUACCAGCAAUGUGAUAGAGAACAGAAUAGGAUCACAUCUACACCAUCGCCAAAUCUAUACUUCCGAUAACAUCUCAUCGCUAGCAAUGCAUAGCAUGGCAAACAACUCAGCUAUCAUUCAGCAGCAAAAUGCCACAAACAGUGCAAAAAACAUGAAAAAGUUUUCACUCGUCCAAGCUUUCGUACCGUCGUUUAUCUUUGUUGUUGUGAUACUGGCGGUAUCGGCGGUCUAUGUCCUAGAGUCGGACUCGGAAAUGUUUAGCUCAAUGAAAAACUGGCCGGAGAUGAUUUGUUUGCGGUAUCAGUAUUAUCAACCGUUGAAGGAAUUCCUGUCGAAAAAGUUCGGUGCUAUAUUUUGAUUCAUUUUGGCAAGACCUGAUGGUGAUGGUGGAGUAAUCAGUAGUAGUGUUAAUAGUAUCGAAGAGCGUCGUUACGCUAAAGCUGGCACCCUCGCAGAGGAGAGAGAAAUGAGUUCGAAUGAUAGUCAUAUGACUCUUACGCUAACUCUACCCAUCACGCGGCAGAUGUAGAAGCAAUUAGCUACUCGCAUUUUUCGGAAGCGAAUCAAUCACAUCGAAUUAAACCGAUUUAUGUACGUCAGUAUUCUUUGUUCCAUGGUUAUUAUGUUUAGAAGUCAAGUUAUAUCUUCGGAAAUAGCACGGCAUUGAGCAAUUUUCAAGGAUGUUAUCUGCUUUCCUGCCUCUGAAUGUGCGGUCCACAUUACUUUUUAGAAUAACUAAAGAAAUAUGUUUUAUACUAUACGGUCAUGAACAAUAUUUAAUUGAUUGAUUUUUUUUCUUGUUUAUUUGAUAGUUGUUGCUUAUUUGUAUAUCAAAGCUUCAAGAUGCUCUAUGAAUAUAGAGCUUAUCUAUGGUAAAAUGGCUUUUCGGGUAUUCCGUUGUGAAUACUUGCUUUUUUUGUGAAUAUUUCAAUGUCAAAAAGACAAUCCACACAAACAAUAUUAAUUAACAAGCAAAAAUAGUAGAAAUUUUCAAAUAUUAAACAAUUUUUAAGUACAUCGAGCUUUUUGUGAUCGUGUGAUCGCAAAACGCUAUAACCAAGGCGGUAUAAUAAGGUGGAACGUUAUGUCAGAACUGCUGUUCAGCCAUUACUUGAGUUCGAAUUGACAGCGGCCAAACGAACGGCUAGAGUUUUCCGAUAAAGAGGAUGGCAUGCAAUGAGGAGCUAUGUGUUUGCUGUGCAUAAACGUUGGUUUUGUUUAUUUGUUUAGGCUGUUGGCAUCAUUGUUGUGUUUCGGUGACUGCUGCAAGUUAUUGUCUGCAUUGCUGUUUUACGGGACGUGAGGGUUGUUGCCGUUGCUGCUGGGAUUGGCAACUCAGCGAUUGUGGGAGCUUUGCUAGUGGGUAUAUGAAAGAACCACUACCGGCGGGCUUGUGCCGUACUGCUUUAGUUGGAGACUCACCUGAUCGUUCCGGUUGUGAAACACAACAGCUAGUUCGACUGAAACCGGCCCAGCGUAGGUAUAUGUUGGUGGGGACCGCUAUGUAACAUAAAAAUUAGACCUGCUUCAUUUAUAAACAAAAAAAGCCGCUGUCAUUUUUCAUCCCCUCUCGCAUCUUCCAUGUCUUAUCUUCAUACUGUCGAAAACGAACCACCUGUCAAUUUCAGCUCCUUGGCUAUAGCCUUAUAACCGUUAAAACAUACACAACCUUUAAUAGUCGAGCAUUUUUGGUCGUUUGAGAUGCAGAAAAGAAUCAAAAUCUCUUGAGCUAUGCCUGAAAUACAAAUUGUUCUAAAAGAGGACCGAAAUACCCGAACCUGUCCCAAAUACUCAAAAGAUCUUGAGAUUAUUUGAUAUCCACGAUGCCAGAAACAAGUCGAUUCUUUUGUACCACGGAAUCCUGGAACUCGCACUUGGACAAUUAUCAUGACAGGUUCAUUAAAACUUUAUUCACGACAUACUAGACGAUCACGAUUUUAAUUACUUCUUGAUCUCAUUCACAUCGAACUUUGCAUUCGAUGUUCAUUGGUUAUUUCCAUAUGAUUAGGCUCCUCCCAAUUAAAUCGGAGAACUCUACACAAACUAUUGGGAAUGAACUUUAGGACUUUAGUUUAAUCAUGAUUAUGGGUCAGACUCUCGUCGUGAGCAGACGAAGUCCAUGAGUAUGCGAUUCCGCUAUCUAAGUGGUGGUCUUCAAAGUCGUGAAGAGCGCCUAGGGGUUCUACCACCGGUCCUGCUACGACAGGACUUCCGCUUUCUGACAUGUAUGUCCAUGUUCGCCAGGUACUUUUUCACCGUUUGGUCGGUUGCACCGACCUCCCGGACAAGCGCAUGCAGCGAUAUAGCCGCACGAUGUCCGUUUUCGAUGCUGUGGGGUACCGUUAUUUGAACGUGCACACUUCUGACAGAGUAGCUUCACUGUUUUCGCCAUCACGGUAAGAGUUCGACUGAUAGAGCAGUCAAAUUUUUCUGCUCACUCAUGGGUUACUAUGAUUGAUGCUGCAUGGGUUGUUUCGUCAGUGCGUGUGAAGGUAAACCGACGAAAAAUUGGCAAUUUUUGUCCACUUUUUUUAAAUGCAAACGUUAGUUGUCCGAAAUUAUUGCAACAUGUCCUGCCCAACGUAUCCUUCCAGCUUUAAUCAUUUUCUGGAUACUGGUUCGCCGAUGAGUUACGUGAGCUCGUGGUUCAUUCUUCGCCUCUAUACGUCAUCCAUCACACUGCCGAAGAUGGUUCUUAAAACACGUCGUUCGAAGACUCCGACGGCUCGCAGGUCCUCUUCGAGAAUUGUUCACGUUUCGUGCCCGUAGAGGACCACCAGUCUUAUGAGCGUUUUAUAUAGGGAACGUUUUGCACGAUUGCUGAGUCUGUUUGACCUCAAGUGUUUGUGGAGACCAUAGAAGAAUUUCAUGCCAACUCGUCUUAGGAGUUGGCAGCACCAUCUCAGAUAGUAGUGAAACGUUGUGGGUGUAAAGUCAUGGGUCAUUUAAGCAACUUUGCAAACUUGAAAUAUUCGAAAAAGAAUUAGACUACUUUUUGAAAAAAGCCAAACAUUUUUUCUUAAAUUUUAACUAAAAUUUAUAACUUCAAAACUAUGAUACCUACAAAAUUCUGGCCAAAGAUGAAAUGUAGGAAAUUGUUUAAAUUUUUACAAAAAAUAUCAAAAAAUUUUUGGAAAAAAAUUUGAUGAAAAAAAAAAUAUUUUAAAAAUUAAAACUCAUUUUUCUCAUAAACUUUUUUUUUAAUGGGCACUUUUACAGGAAAAAAAGUUUUUCUAACAACAACUUUUUCAUGUUUUCUUUGAAAAAAUUACAAUUAAUCUAAUUUUGUUUAAAGUUAAGAUAACGAUAUAGUGUAUUCGACAAAGUUUCGGAUCUUUUUAAAAUAUGAACUUUUGUCAAAGCCGUCAACUUUUUAUCAUUUAUAGUUUUUGGAAUGUAAGUCAUUUUUGUAUGAAGACCCCUGAAAAAAAUAAUGUUAUGCUCGUAACAUUUUUUUGAGUGAAUUCUCACGUUUGAUAUGUUCUUGACAUGUUUCUAAAUAGAAAAAAAAGUUAGCGGAGCAUAAAAAUUUCGAUAAUUUAUUCAUGAAAAUGUUACAAAUUGAACAUUAAUAGUAUUGUUUCAUAGAUAAACAUGAAAAAGUUGUUAUUCGAAAAACUUUUUCCAUGUAAAUGUGCCCCUCUUUCGAUGUAUGGGUGAAUUGUUGGAAAUUCUAAAGGCUAUUUAUAUCUAUUUUUUUCAGAAUUUUUAAAACACAUGUUUUCGAGAAAAAUGAAUUUUAGUUUUCAAAAUUUUCAAAAACAUGUUUAUUCCAAUGAUUUUUUCACCAGCGCUUUCGAUGCAGUCUCUGUGAUAUAGUGAGCUUGGUGAACGAUAUAAACAUCUAAAAAAGCUUUCGAUUUAAGAUUACGACUGCGUGAUGCCGGGAAUUCUCAUUAGAGCAAAACUAUACGGAGUUUCCCGACAGUCGUCCAAUGGCGGUUCGUAGGCUGCAGUACUUCACGAGACGACUGAAGACAAACCCAGUAAUCAACGAGAGCGUUGUCUUCGUGUAUGCAAGCAGGGUAAAUCUUACAAAGAAUUCUUCCAACCAAGAGAGGUAUUCUAUGAUGUGUAAUCAGACAGUACGGUCCACUCGAUUUACUCCCGCAUUUCCUUAUUCAUGACCGAGUUAUCAUACAAUGAAGGUAGGUUGGAACUACACUGUCAAUGUGGUGAUCCUCAGCCGAUUUCCCAAAUGGAUAGAGGUGUUCGAGGAACCCAGCAACCCACGAGUGUAUUUCCUGGGUGUACGAUAAGAAGAGAUCGAGGACUAGCAGCUCCACGUCUUCGUCGACGUUAGUGGGACAGUUUAAACCUUGAUUGGAUCAUUGGCUAUAGCAAUGUGGCCAAGUCAAUCUACGGCCGAAAAAACGCUGGUUGAGUUAGAGCCAUUGCCGUGUACGGUACAUAACAUUAAGCCUAUGGAGGAACUGUCCGGUUGAAGUUGGUUCUCCAAGAUCGAGAGGCUAUGGUGCGCCGUCGCACACAUCAACCGUUGUGCAGGAAACAUGUCAAAGAUAGAUUUCGAUAAAAUAAUGCUCCAGAGCGAAGAUUGCUCCUUUUGCUUAAACCAUAGCCACCUUUCUCCUUAGCUUUGAUGCUGUUCUUCAUUCCGCUUUGGAAGGAAUUGCGAUAGAUAUUCGUCUUAUGCUGCUCUUCGUGCCACUCAAGUCUUUGGCAUGCCGAAACAAAGUUGGCUCCGGUAUGACGUAAAACCGUGAAGAUUCCUCUUGUGUCAUUGAUUGGCUUCGCACAAAAGCGCUGCAGCAACAGUAUACUUCGUAGUCGUAGUCGUAGUCUAACGUACCUUCAGACCAUAAUGGACAAAAAGUGCGAUUCACAAGUGGCAAUCAGUCGAUUCAUACCUUUGUUUCAACUUGCCCCGUUGUAUGCGUUCCAACUUACCCAGGCCGUUGGUAAGUGGUAAGUGGAAAAAAUCGAAAAUCUACGAAAAUAACAAACAAUGCCAUGGAGCGCGUUGAGACGCUUCAAUCUUCCGGCUAUGGCAGUCAGUUCGUGAAUUUAGUGGAUAUGUAUCCUGAAAAAAAAAUCAUGGCAAAUGAAAAGUUCCGGCAAUAGUUACGGCUUCCGUUUUAACUGACCCUGCUUUCCAAUUUUCCCCGGUGUACCUUAAUGAAAAAAUGUCCGGGUUUAAAACCUUCCGGAUUCAAAAGCAGUACGGUAAUAGUAAGAAGCUCGUUGUACUUAAAAAUAAUGAAAAUUGAUUGUUUCUUCUAAUGUGUAUUUUAAUCCAGUAUUAUGCUAAAAUUUAGGUAUUAAUGUGUAUUAUUAGCUUUAAACAAAACACGCUGUUAUUGUUCAUUCAAGUUCGCUUCUACAGUAUUAUCAUUACAACAGUGUCUAGAAUUUUUUUUUUAAGUGUAUCGAAUCAAUCGAGUCAGAAUAACAUGUUAAGACUUGUCAUUAGAGGCAUUUCAACCAGCAUAGAACGCCACGGUGUGCGGACAUUUGCACUUGUUCAUCAAAAAAGUAUUAUUCAAGUUUGUAAUGUAAACAUUUCAGCUUAUCGUCAAGAUAGUUUUUUGCAAAGAACAACAUCAAUGAAUACGCUCAUUAUCGUGCUAUUAGGAAAUAUCAAUGAAAUUAUUUUGUCCGAUUCAAAUGAUUUUCCUUCCUUCAUUCGAUCGGUUCUAGCAACGUAGAAUGGCUUUAGUUUCAUUCCCAUUUAGCGGAACGUCAAAUAAACGAAACGUUAUGGCAAUUUAACGUCGAAUAUUUUUCUUUGUAAUUAUUGAGCUAAUCACGUAUACUAGCAACGUUAUCAAACCUCGUCGGUACUCGUCAAACGUCAUUCGUACAAAUUUUUUGUAUAAAGAUUUGUAACCGCCAAAUGUCAAAUCCUAACAUCGAACUUGUCAUUCCUAGAUGUUGCUAUUACGGUAGCACUUUUUGCAGAAAAAACGUUUCUUCGAACAUUACCGCCACCGUAAAAUACUUUCUACUACAAGAAUCGCUGGACGUUGACGUUUGCUAAUGUCUGUUCUAUUACACACAUACAUGUGAAAGUUAUCAUCAGAAUUGCGAUGAGAAAUAUCUGACGUUAGUUUCCUAUCCCUUGAUUGAAAAUGGGGGCUAGUACGCAAAACAUAAAAACGCGCGAAAAAUAUCAUAUAUUCAAGAAACGAAUUCUAAUUUUAGGAUAAAUUAGAUGAAACAAAAUCUGACAAGAAAUCAACUGCAUAGUCUGGUAACGAGCCAAAGUUAAUGAACGAAACCCAAAAUAUUAGUAAUACGUUCGUCACAGUUUGACGGCAAGACUUUUUAUUGAUACGACAUGUGGUACUGCAUGUCGGAUCCUAACCAAAAAAAAAAAAACUAAAUGGGCAGAAUUAUUAGCACAUUACAGUGAAAAUCGCUUGAGUAUUUUUAUUGAAACUGGAUUAAAUAGAAGACAACUAUACGUGAGAACGGUAUGCACAAAUGUACAAUUGCACUUAAUAAUAUUAGGUUAAGAGUGCGGCUAAUUAGCAUAUUGCAAGGUGAUGCAGCAAGGAAAACAACAAACGAGCCCGUCGUUUCUGUUUAGUUAUUUUAGUUAGGAACAUUGCAUAGUAAAAAAUAAGAUGCAAAACGUAGUUCGAUCACUUUUUGUAGAGUGAGUUGAUGCAAUGGAAAAAAAAUGAGUAGUUCAAGAAUGAAGCGACACGGCGUGAUACAUUAGUUCAGCUUUGUUGAGAAGUUGUCCGGCCUUUGGCCACUAACGAAAAUUUUAGCUACGAUGGUGUACUAAGCAAACUUUUCUAUUUUUAUGGAAGGCUUGAAUGGAACACAAAUUACUCCAGCCAAUAGACGAAUUAGAAGAUUUCAUAGUAAUAGCGCGAAGGAUAAUUUCAAUUAAAUAUACAUUUUGAAAACAAUAAUGUUGCUUGCCUUAUUUGUUGCUGUACCUUAAGAAGCAAAACGGUGAAUAAAAAUGUCAAUAAAAGUGCUGCACUUAGCUAGCUAAGAAUUAUAUCAACAAGCUGCUGUAGAGUUGCGGCGAAACGUCCAAGUCCUACUAAUUAAUGGAAAAAAAUUAUGGUUAGAUUCUUAAAUCAACUAAAAACAUUGGAGAUUUUCUCCCAGAGAAACACAACCAUCCGUGUAUAGCAAAUUAGCGACAAUCAAUUGUACUGAAAAACGAAACUAGCUCAAAUACCUAACAAGCAAGAUAUCCCAUUUUGAAUACUCGAUCCGCUCGCGGAUGCUUUCAGCCACCGGAAAUUAGACAUACAAAAGGUAGAACAUAUCGUAAGAGAAAAUGGAAUAUAGAUCUAUAAUUUCCUGUUGUAACAUACAGUCACUAACACACUAAAGCAUUACCAGUUCCUAUUUAUUAUUCUCAGAGGAGUAAGAAAAUCUGUAAAAUUACGAAAAGUAUCGAUAUCACCCGAAAGCAUUUUGUAUCACAAUCUAUGGCCGCAAUCCCAGAACAGUGGUGAAUAGUAUUCAAAGCGGGAUAGCCGAAAGGGGCUGUUUGGUUUGGCUUUUCUGAGUUCUGCCUAGAUUCCCAGCUGCUGCUGCAUUGACUGCAGAUAAACCCAUGGCCAGUGGUCGUAUUGUAAAUAAUCCCGUGACCAUUUUCCCUUCUUUGUUAAGGAAAAAGAAAACGCAAUUAAAGGAACUACCAUGAUAGAUGAGAGUGGAUGAUAACGAAUAGAGAAUGGACCCAGAAAUGUGAGCAUUUAAGUUUGAAAAACUUCUUGUUUUAUUGGCAAUGGAAGAAAAAAAAACAUAUAUUUUUGUUCUAAGGACUAAUUCUAGCGAGCGUAAGUAUCUUUGAAAUGACGUCAGGAGUGAGUAAAUAGCAUAUGGGCAGUCGAGAAGCAAAAAUUUUCAAGAAAACAAGUUUAAUUAUCCGAAGUGAUGAACAUGUAGGGAAUAUUAACGGAAAUUUCCAAUUAGUA